AUGUCGUCCAUCUGCGGUGCAUUUGUCGGCGAAAGAACAGCACCGGCCAGCGAGUACCACAGCAACGACUUUGAUUGGGAGGACCUGCGAGCUGAAGUAGAGGCUCUUGCAGCCAACAAGCAGCAAUUAACAGGAGGUGACACCUGCGAUGGCCCCGCUGCAGAGCCUUGGGCGCAGGAUCCCAGGAGCUGGGAGAAUUUCCACGCCAGAGACAACGCCACUGCGCGCUUUUACAAGGAGCGCAGGUACCUGCUGCUGGAGUUUCCGGCGCUGGCCGAUGCAGCGCGGCCGCAGCACGUGGCGGAGAUCGGCUGCGGCUGCGGCUCCUCGCUGCUGCCGGUGCUCAAGGCCAACCCGGCCGCGCGCGUGACGGCCACCGACAUCAGCCCGACGGCCGUGCGGCUGUUCACCGACGCGGCCGCGCGCGCAGGGAUCGCCCCAGAACGCUACACCGCGUUUCCAUGCGAUGCCGCCGACCCGGAUGCCGGGCCCCGCCAGCUGUCAGGUCUGGAUGCGGACUGCGUGUUGCUGAUAUUCACACUGGCGGCCCUAGCUCCUGAGGAACAGCAUAUUAUGCUCAGCAAUGCCUUCAAGGCACUGAAACCAGGGGGUCUGCUUCUCAUCAGAGACCAUGGAGUGUAUGACAUCACACACCUCAGGAUGACUGCUGACAGGCAAGUGGGCGAGAAAUUGUACAGGAGGGGAGAUGGGACGCUGUGCUAUUUCUUCUCAGUCGAAGAUCUCAGCAGCAAGGCAGAGGCAGCAGGUUUUGAGGCAGUGGAAUGCAAGUAUGCAUGCACGCGCCUCCUGAACAGGAAGACCCGGUUUGAGAUGAGGCGAGUCUUUGUGCAUGGAGUCUUCAGGAAACCGUUGAUUGAAGUGCUGCUUUGAAUUCUGUUGUGUGAGGAACCAAGUUCUGGGAAGCUGAGCCACUGGCUUUGGAUGCUAUUGGGUAG